AUGGUUGAGUCACCACCUGUCACCCACAAACUUACAAAUCCUGACGGUAUUCUCGCCGUUGCAAAAGACCGUGACACUGAUCGCAGCCAUGAACACGAAUUUUCGCAACCGAACGAAGGAAUCAAAUGUUUGUCCGACGGUCGCAACAUCAGUAUUAAGAAGGCUUGUGAGCGCUUUGGGAAUGAUCGUGCCAGCAAAUUUCAAGAAGUAAUUGAGAAAGACUUCGCGGCAGAUCAAUGUUUACUAUCAACAGCUUUCGAGGAGUCAGUACAGCAAGGAGGUGUCUGCAGCUCAAUCAAGGAACCCGAUGGUCGCCCUGGAUCACCCAGUGAUGCAAUGCUUAUCAGACGCCUUGCUCCACCAUGGUUGAUUAUUGAGAGCAGUGAUAAAGAUCUCGAGUCAGAUCAGCCAUCUUCCGAUUUCGUAUUCCAACUGCCAAUUUCCUCGCGCGACGCAAAAAAUAAAAACAUCAUGGGUUCCAGCCCAACAAAAGACCUGAAUGCUUUGGCAACAUUGGCUGAGCAAGAGCCAUCUCAUUCUUCUCCAGAAGACAAUGAUGUUAGAUCUCAAAGCCCUUGCUGCUGGUGCUGGACCUUCAAUGAUAGAUUAUACAUCGCUUCCUUGCUGCCUCAAAGCGGAACAUGUGAGCCAACUUGGUUCUGUACCUGCUCCAUUUUCAAAAGCAAUUAUCUCCUUUGGUCAAUUGGAGCUUUUUCAGCUCAGCAAUACACUAGGAUUGGUCCGAAGGACUCACAAUCGUUGAUUACACACAAUAAUGGGACUUGUCCGAUUUUGGCCAUUGGCUCCCUUUUGGCUACUGAAGUCGGUAAAGUAGAUUCCAAUGAUGAGCUAGAUUGGGAGUAUACCCAGUGUCUGCCUGGGCGCAAGACAAAGACAGAGGCAAAUGAAGGAUACUUUCUUAGGAAACCUACUCUUGAGGUUGCGGAGAUUGACCCUCAUUUCCAUAUAAGAGCUACCAACAUCGAAAAUGGAAAGACAGAUACCGCCACUUGA